CGAGCUGCAAUUGAAGAACAACCUGCUCCGGGUCGACUACCUCGGCCUUGCGCCGGCCACGACCCCGCCGGCGUCUGCCGACUCCGCCGAGGCUCCCGCAGACUCGCUGUCGCUGUCGCUGCCGUCGCCGGCGUCGUCUGCCUCCUCGGCAACCAUGCCAUCGUCCUCCGUCAGCGUCCGCAUCCUCCGCAUGGAGUUCAAGAAGCUCGUCGAGCAGAUGAACGCCCGCUUCGCCCGGGAGCUGGAGACGGAGCAGACCGAGAAACGGCGUCUCGAGGAGCUCGUCGAAUUGCACCGCCAGCGAGGCGCCGAGCGGUGAAAUUUUUCUCGCGGGGCGGUCCGUGCUGGACACUUGUGUAGACGAUGUGUAGACAAGACAGGACGGGAGAAGAGAGCUGACUACAAGCCUGGAUCGGAGCAGACCAGCACGAGCCAGCAAGCAAGCCAACACAUAGCAUGACGGAGGCGUUUGAUGCGCAGUUUGACGAUAUCGACAGAGCGGUCUGUCGCUAUCACGAGUAUCGGGCCCUGCGCUCCCAACAGAACGGCUUGCGGGGAAGGGGCUACAACAACUACACCAGCAACAGCAACAUCAUCAUCGGCACCGGCACGAGGACGAACAUGAAUUCAGCAGGCAGACAGAACGGUGGCGGCAGAGGCGGUCGCAAGGGGACCGCUGCCGCCGGCGGCGCCGGCGGCGCCAACGUCGCCAACGUCGGUGUCCCAUCAGCCACCAGCGGGCACCACCAAUUCAAGGCACAACCGUUUGUCGAGCAGUACCAGCAGAUCCAGGCCGCCACAGCGAUUCUCAACAAGCUUCUGGAGGCACAGCAGCAGCAACCGCAGCAGCAACAACUGUGCUACCCCCACGGCAAAAACAUGACACCCUCUCCCGUGGCGUACACACCGCCGCUGCCAGCGGCCCUGCAGAUGCAGCUGACGGCCUCCACGUCGGCCUCGUCGCCCACUCUUUCCGCUGCCGGCUCGGUCUCGGCACCCGUCUCCGGCCCUGUGAGCCUGGCCUCGUCCUUCUUCGACCUCCAGCAGCAGCAAGAGGCGCAAACCCCGGCCUCGCCAGCGUCCACCGGCUUUCUUCAUGGCUUCUCCUCGUUCAACUCUAAUACCAAUACCAACAGCGGCAACGGCACCCCCGGCACCCCCGGCACUGGCACCGGCGCCGGCAACAACGCUUCUACUUCUACUAAUGGGUCUUUUUCUGUCUCUGCCUUGGGCAGCUCUACUUCACACUCCGGUCUCUUUAAUAAAACCACUUCUUGGGGCAACGACAUGUCUGUCUGGGGCUAGCAGCUACUCUGCACCAGACUACUGUCUGGCAUGUUUUCACUGUUUUUACUUCGUUCUUUCUUUCUCGUUCUUUGUAUUUUCCCUCCAUGUUUACACUCCCCUCCUUCCGAGGCCUCUAGUCUUUUCCUUCUCUUUUUCUUUCCUUUUCGGCGUCUA